UAAAACCUUUUCACACAAAAAUUAAAGGAAAAACCUGCAAAUGAUAAUGCUUUUGGCUAUGGCGGUGUUUAUGUUAAAUGAUGAUCAAAAAGCUCUUAUUUUUAUGCAAGCGUGGGAUAUAAAUCCACAUCCUUUUCUAGAUUUUUAUUUUCCUUCUCUUUUCCCCUUUCUUCUAAAAAGCCACUCAUCUGCUAUCUCUCUCUCUCCCUCUCUCUCUGUGCAGCUGAAGAACAGAGAAAAAGGGUUUUGUCAUCUGACCAAAGGACCCAUUUCAAUAAAGUUUUCUUUGGCGAGAAACUGAGGAAAAAGUUUGAAGCUUUGAACAGAAAGUGGCACAGAUUCUGCGAAAUGGGUGGAUUGUGCAUCUCUAAAGACCAAAGUGGUUGUGUUUGUGUGGGAACUUCUUUUGUUUUGUAGCUGUCUGAACUUGAUCCUGGAGUUGGGUUUUGGUUUAGUAUAUGUUCAACAAGUUUAGGAGAGAGAUGGAUGUAAGUGAGAAAGAUGAGUUGAGGAAUGGUGAUGAUACAACUGUGAACUAUGAUGAGUCUGCUAAUAUUCCACCUCCAGAUUGGAGAGUCUCUGGUUCUAAUCCGGUCUCUGAUUCAUAUCCUACAGAGAAUCUGAUCUCCUCUUCUCAGAUGAUGGAGACUCUUUGGUAUGAUCCAGCAAACGUUCAAGCUGUGGGUUAUGGUGGCUUCAACGGUGGUGGUAACCCCUCUUCUUCGUCUUCCUUUAGGGGUAAUAUCGAUAGAUCUCUUGAGAUGGGUUGGAGUCUGCCUAACUUGUUGCCUCCCAAAGGCGGCAACGGGAUGUUCUUGCCAAACGCUAGUAGCUUCCUGCCUCCGAGUAUGGCUCAGUUCCCGGCUGAUUCAGGAUUCAUAGAGCGCGCGGCGAGGUUUUCGCUCUUCAGCGGUGGGAGUUUUAGUGAUAUGAUGAAUCAGCAGCAGCCGCUUGGGAAUCCGGAGUCGGUUGGUUUGUUUCUUCAAGGGCAGUGUCCAAGUAGUGAAGUGAAUGUUGUUGGUGUAGCUCACAAUGAUGCAUCUUCGGCAAUGAAAGAGACUAAUAAACAGAAUGUUCCUGGUUCGGGGAAUGUAUCAGAGGAUACUCAGUCUAGUGGUGGUAAUGGUCAGAAAGGUGGGGAGACUUCUUCUAAAGGCUUUGACUCAAAGAAGAGAAAAAGAAAUAAACAGAAUGCUGGAGCAGAUCAGUCAAACAGAUCUCAGCAAUCUGAGGAAGAACCAGACAACAACAAUGGUGGUGGUGCUGAGAAGAGGAAUGAUGAGCAGAGUCCAAAUUCACAGGGGAACAAAACAAACAGUGGGAAACAACAGGGGAAACAAGCUUCUGAUCCUAAAGAUGGAUAUAUUCAUGUGCGUGCACGUAGAGGCCAGGCUACAAAUAGCCACAGUCUUGCAGAAAGAGUGAGGAGAGAAAAGAUCAGUGAAAGGAUGAAGUUUCUUCAAGAUCUUGUUCCGGGCUGCAACAAGGUGACUGGAAAGGCAGUUAUGCUUGACGAGAUCAUUAACUAUGUGCAGUCGCUGCAACGCCAAGUUGAGUUUUUAUCGAUGAAACUUGCCACUGUGAACCCACAAAUGGACUUUAACCGUGAAGGUCUUCUUGCCAAAGAUGCACUUCAACUACGAGCUGGUACGUCAUCUGCAACACCGUUUCCUCCAAAUAUGCCAAUGGUUUAUCCUCCUCUGCCACAUGGAUUCAUGCAACAGACCCUUUCAUGCAUGGGAAGGACCGUUAGCUCUCCAUUGUCUCCCCCAAUAAAUGGUGGAUACAAGCGACAGGAAGCAAAUGGAUGGGAAGGUGAUCUUCAAAAUGUGAUACAGAUUAACUAUGGAGCUGGUGAUGUCCCACCUGACUCUCAAGCAGCAGCUACAGAUGCAUCUCUUCCAUCUUCAAACAUGAAGGUUGAGCCAUGAGAUUUUCUUUCUGUUAGAUAGAAUGUUAUAUUCUUGUAAUCUUUCUUUUAAAUUUACUGUGUACUAUAUGAUGUAUUAACGAGUACUACUAGUCUACUACUACUACUAAUAAGCAUUUAAGAUUAGGUAAAACGAGUAUAAUCUGUGAGCUGGAAAUGAUUAGAAAUAUAUUACCUUUUUGUAAGAGAA